AUGGACUACCGAUCCAUUCUUGCAAGGCCUGCCAAGAAAAUAAACUGGUUGGAUCUUCCGCAUGACCUCACUUUGAUGAUCAUUGGGAAACUUACCACAUUUCAGAUCUUAACCAGUGUUCAGUUCGUGUGCCGCAUAUGGCACCGCAUCUGCAUGGAUCCGCUCAUGUGGCGCACCAUCAACAUGUGCGAUAUUGGUGUGCACGAUUCAGUGGACUAUAAAGUGGGGGAGAUGUGCCGUCAUGCAAUGGAUCGUAGUUGUGGCCUGUUGGUAGACUUAACUAUCGAGUACUUUGGCACCGAUGAUCUCCUCAAAUAUAUAAUUAACUCGGGAUGUCAUAAAUUGCGAUAUUUGCGAUUUGUUAAAUGCUAUCGAAUCUCAGACAAAGGAUUAUGUGAGAUGGCUGAAAAACUUCCAUUGUUGGAGGAACUUGAUAUUACCCCUUGUUUCGAUGUAUCUAGUAUUGCUUUAGAAGCAAUUGGUCGAGCAUUUGCUAUUGCACAAAAUAUGUCCAACUUACACCAUCUCCAACUUGUUGGAAACUCCCUCAACAACAGUGGUUUGAGCGCCAUUCUUGAUGGUUGUUCUCAUCUUGAAUCUCUGGAUUUACGCGAGUGUUACCAUGUUGAGUUGGAGGGGAUAUUGAGGACAAGAUGUGACGAACAAUUAAAAGAUUUGAGAGAUCCAGAUGCACCCCUUGACUUUCAAUUAUUGGGACGAUGCUAUGACACGACAGACCAUGAUGCAUUAUAUGAGUAUCUACACGAGAAGAGGGUUAAAAAACAAGAAGCUGAGAGAGCCGAGAAAGAAAAAAGAUAUACAGAAGCAGAAAUUUUGGAUGAAGCAAAUUAG